GGAUCUUGCUAUACAUAGUUGAAAAAAAUAUUGAAUAUGUUAAUUUAAUUCACAGUUAGGAGUUCCUGCCCCUAGCAGACCAGUCGGCAUAACCUAUUACUAUUAAACCAGAGAGGUGCUGUGAUGGCAAAUGUGUGUUAUUUCGGAUACGUUUCUCGGCUAACCUGUAGAACAGUGUGUGUAACCUGUUUAGCAUCUGUAUUACUUGCUACUUCAUGUAGCUGCGUUUUCAAUGCGCAACAAGAAGCAUUACAAAGGGGUGGCGGCUCUUCGUGUGAGCUAGAUUGUGGUUUCAUUUUCUGUAUAGAAGGGUGAGGCAUGGUCUGUGUCAGGGCUCUUGCGUCAGAAACAGACAGCUAAGUAACGCAGAACAGCGUUACAUCGAGCUUGAAUAGAGUUCCAAACUCGCCUCUCUAUUUGCCUAUAAAAUGGCACUUCUGAACCUAUGCGGCCCUCCUCAGAACCAAGAAUGGCGGAUGCCCUUGUAUGGUGGUAAAAUUUCCCCUACAAGUCCCUACAAGGCACUGGAGAACGAAUUUGUUGUGCCCCCUGGAAUACAGCCAGCAAAAUUUCUGCAUUACCUACGAGAAGGGAUGGAUGGUGUUAAAAUUGAGCCAUGGCAUGGGACGACCACUCUGGCUUUCAAGUUUAAGCAUGGAGUCAUUGUGGCAGUAGACUCAAGGGCAUCAGCUGGAAGUUAUAUUGCGUCUCUUAAGGCCAAUAAAGUGAUCGAGAUUAACCCUUAUCUUCUGGGAACCAUGUCCGGAAGUGCUGCAGACUGCCAAUACUGGGAACGACUGCUGGCAAAAGAAUGCAGGUUAUACCAACUGAGAAAUAAUUCAAGGAUAUCAGUGUCUGCUGCCUCCAAGCUAUUAUGUAACAUGAUGCUCCAGUAUCGAGGAUCUGGACUGUCCAUGGGUAGCAUGAUCUGUGGUUGGGAUAAAAUGGGGCCUGGUCUAUAUUAUGUGGAUGACAAUGGCACAAGGUUAUCUGGUGAUAUCUUCUCUACUGGAUCAGGAAAUUCUUAUGCAUAUGGUGUGAUGGACAGUGGGUAUCGUUAUGAUCUAACUCCAGUAGAGGCCUAUGAUCUGGGUCGGCGUGCAGUUAGCUACGCUGCGCAUCGUGAUAAUUACUCUGGAGGAGUUGUCAACAUGUAUCACAUGAAAGAGGAUGGCUGGGUAAAAGUUGGAGAAUUUGAUGUGGGUGAUCUUCUUUACAAGUACUCAGAGGAGAAAUGCAAAUGAUCCAAGAGAGCAACACAGUUUUACAAGUUCUGCUCAGACUGAGAAAUGGUUAUUCUGUUGUAGAAAUGCACUUUUUUUAAAAAAUAAAGGCAAUAUUCAGGCUAAA